UCCAGGAAGUAGGGGAGGAGGGAACAUCCGGGCCCUAGGUUUCUGGCUCAUUGCCUCUGCAGAGGAAGAAGGAAGCUGUCGCCUGAGCUGCGUCAGUGGUUUCCCCUGAGAGGAGAGCAGGGUCUCUAUCAGCAGCCGCACCAUGGUGAGUAAGAGGCCGCUGUCCGCAGACGGGGAGAUGUGCGCCAUGAAUGCAGUGACCUACAAUGAUGUGCAUAUCAGCUUCACUUCCAAAGAAUGGGCUUUGCUGGAUCCUUCCCAGAAGAGUCUCUACAAAGAUGUGAUGCUGGAGAUUUAUAGUCACCUUACUGCUAUAGGCUACAAAUGGGAAGCCCAUGACAGUGAAGACCAUGGUCAACGAUUUAGAAGACAGAGAAGGCCUAAAGGAAGUCUUACUGAAGAGAAACGCUACAAAUGUACUCAAUGUGGUAAAGCCUUUUCAUAUCGGCAGCGUCUCCUCAUUCACAAAAGAACCCAUACUGGAGAGAAACCCUAUGAAUGUGAUCAAUGUGGGAAAGCCUUUUCACAACAGAGUCAUCUCAACACUCAUAAAAAAACUCAUAGUGGAGUGAAACCAUUUCAGUGUAAUCAAUGUGAGAAAGCUUUUACACGUCAAGGUUAUCUUAAAAGACAUGAAACAACGCAUACUGGAGUGAAACCCUAUGUAUGUAACCAAUGUGGUAAAUCCUUUUCAAAACACUGUAGUCUCCAAAUACAUACAAGGAAUCAUACAGGAGAGAAGCCCUAUAAAUGUAAUCAUUGUGAGAAAGCUUUUGCAGAUUACGGUUAUUUGAAAACACAUGAAAGAAUGCAUACUGGAGAGAAACCCUACAAAUGCAAUCAAUGUGGUAAGGCCUUUUCACAACCGAGUCAUCUCACCAUUCAUAAAAGAAGCCAUACUGGAGAAAAACCCUAUGAAUGUAAGCAAUGUGGUAAAGCCUUUUCAAAUUGCAGUACUCUUAAAAUACAUGAAAGAAUUCAUACUGGAGAGAAACCCUAUGAAUGUAAGCAAUGUGGAAGACUGUUUUCACAUGACAGUUCUUUCCGGAUUCAUAAAAGAACUCAUACUGGUGAGAAACCCUAUGAAUGUACUGAAUGUGGGAAAGCCUUUCGAAAACACAAUGGUCUCCAAAUGCAUAUGAACUCACACACAAGAGAAACCUUAUGAAUGUAAGCAAUGUGGUAAAGGAUAUUCAAAUUACAGUACUCUUAAGGUACAUGAACAAAGAAUUCAUACUAGAAUAUAAUGAAUGUGGGAAAGCCUUUUCAAAACAGUGCACUCCCAAUGCCUAAGAGAACUCAUAAAAGAGGGAUCCCCUAUGAAUGUAACCAAUGUGGAAAAGCUUUUUCUAAUUGCAGUGCUCGUUAAGUACAUGAAAGAAUUCAUACUAGAGAGAAACACUGUGAAAGUGGAAACGCCUUUUCAAAACACAGUGCUGUCCCAAUGCCUAAGAGAACUCAUACAAGAAGGAUCCCCUAUGAAUGUAAGCAAUGUGGGAAAACCUUUCAACAAUACAGUCAGCUCCAGAUUCGUAAAAGAACUCAUACUAGGGGAAGAUGUCCACGGCGCUUCUGAUGCCAUACACUCCAGCCAGACGCAAGCCACCUACUUGUGUCCUGAAGAUGUGAGCUGACACAAAGCCAUCAUGGCUCAUCUAAUCCUACAUUGUUCAGGCAGGCUCAAGCCAUGCCCUCUCCAGUCUGGGUGCUCAGAUCCUGGCAUGGCAGGAAGACAUCUGUGAGCCCAUCGGAUUCCAGUCUGCUCAGGCAUGUCUAGUGCAAAGGCCAUGAUGUGAAGCAAGUUUUCUUGCGGAAUCCAGUGUAUUAGAGAUUCGAGAGUCGUGGUAUACCCGCUGAGGAGGGCUGCUGACUGGGAGUGGAACCAGUCCAACAGAAAGAAGUGUGUUGCCACCAACAAUGCUGAACAGAGUUGGAGAUGGUGUUCUGAUGCAGAAUUUGGAGUAUGCCCACCUGUUAUGUGAUUGUAUUUUGGUCCUGUAUUCUCCCUUCCCUAAACUUUGAAACGGUAAAGUAUGUUGUAAGCCAUUAUAUGUUGGAAGUAUGCAGUCUUCUUUUUGAUCUUGAUGUUACAGGGGAUUGCAGUUAAUAGAUUACAUGAUCUCAAAAGAGAAGGUGAACUUUGGACUUCCAACAUUGAUGAGACUGUGAUAAAACUAUGGGAACUUUUUUUUUCUUUUUUCUUUUUUUGGUUUUUUCGAGACGGGGUUUCUCUGUAUUGUUUUAGAGGCUGCCCUGGAGCUCGCUCUGUAGACCAGGCUGGCCUCAAACUCACAGAGAUCCACCUGCCUCUCCCUUCUGAGUGCUGGGAUUAAAGGCAUGCGCCACCAACGCCCGGCCAACUAUGGGAAGUUUUGAAGUUGAACUGAAUGUAUUUUGGACUGUGAUAUUGUUGAAUCCUUUAUGGGGGCCAGGAAGUGUGCCAGUCUGGGUGGCCUUGGUUACCACCUGGGGCCAUGGUGACAUCCAGACGUCAGCUAAUGCUGACAACCAUGUCUGCGUCUGUGGUUCUAACACAGCUGGAGUCUGUGAAGUUCUGAUGCCAACAGAGUCCACACAGAGGUCUAGGGUGUGUGCCAUGACCUGUGCUCCCACCCACGGCAAUGGUGUCCUCUCUGCUUGGGAAGCUACUAAGGGCAAUUCUGGGACUGUGGCCUAAUAACAGCCAGAGUCUCUUGAUAUCCAUGGCUGCUGAAGCCAGGAGGGCCAUGUGGAUUCCUGGGGUCUGCCUCUGGGGCCAUGUUGACGUCUGAGGGUUGCACUCCCACCAGAGCCAUUCUGGCCUGUACCAACACUGUGGGACAUGGUGACAUGAUGGACUCCGAUUGCUGCUGAGGACCAUGUCUGGCUUCAUGGUCCUACCUUACCCUGGGUCUGUGGCCUGUUUUUCCAACCCCAGCCAGGUAGAUGCGCAGGGUCAGGUCAGCCUCCUGAAUCCAAGUGGGAGCCGUGCAGAUCUGAGCUGCCUGUGCUGCUGCUUGGUGUCAUGGUGAUGUCUGGGCCAAAGCUACAGCUGAGGGCCAUUUUUGUGUCCCGGUCCCUGCUGCAGCAACAGUCUGUGUUGAUGUCUCAGGUUCCUGUUACCAUAGAAUGCCAUAUGAAUGCCCAAUAUUUUUUUGGCAUGUUAAGGUCUGAGAGCCACACUGCUGUACAGACUUGUCAAUCUGAGUGGCCUGCACUGCUACCUGGGCCCAUAGUGACAUCAAGACCAGGCUGCUGUGGACUAUAUCUGCGUCUGUUAUCCUACCCCAGCUGGACUCUGUGUUCAAGGCCUGUGUUGCCAGCAAAGUCACAGGGAAGCUGGUGUCAAGGUUGAAGUCUAUAGACAUUCAGUGCCUAGGAGCCAUGCUGCCACCAGAGUCAUAGUGAUCUGAGUGGUGUGUGCCUCUGCCCAGAACCAAGAUGCCAUUUGAGCCCAAACUCCUGCUUUGGCAAUUUCCGGGUCUGUGGUCUGCCUGCAGCAGAGCUCUGUAUUGAUGUCUGUGUUCCAUGUCACCUCAGGAGACCAUAGUCAUAUGUGUCAUGAAAUCAGGGCCAUGCUGAGCCCUCCCGACCCUGGCCACAGGAUAGCUGCCCCUGCCUGUCACUUGACACUUUGAGAACUGGCUGCAGCCCUCAUGGGAGAGCUACUUCUCAGCAUGGGUGAGCGUGGAUUUACUCGGAAGACUUGGGCAUCAGAGAGCAAGCUCCACCCACCCCGUACCUAAGGGAGGAAUCCCCAGUUGCCUAGAUUGACCAACUCAACUCCCACUGAGACCACAGGUACACCCAGGGUUGGCACAUCCUAGCAUUUGCACAAUUUAGGAUCUGCUAGAGCUCAAGAAGGGACUGGUCCUGUAGAGCAAUAAAUACCUUCAGUGUCUCCAUGACUUGGGCAGCUGCACAAUAACCAAGAGGAGUUUCAGUGAAUCCUGUGAUGAUGUCAUACCAGAAACCAGAGCCUUGAAGAAAACCAAAGACUAAAGCUGAUUGAACAAAAGAGUGCACUGUGUGAAAUAUCAAAUAUCCAAUGCCACCAGGAAAAAUGAAAGAGUGCCAGAAAACUGGGAAAGAUAGAGUAGCAAAGAGGAUAUCUUUUGUUAUUUGGGGGAUUUUUUUUUAUUUUUGUUUGCUUGCUUGUCUUGAAAUAAUUUUCCUUUGGGGGGUGUUGCUGCCUAUGGCUGGACAAGGAGGUGAGUUGAAUGGGGGUUCCUGAUCACCAAUUCCCAUGGAUUCAAUAAAGAAAUUUUAUUUUAAAAAAGA